GAACAACACCAAUGACGCCGUGGUGAGUGCCCAAGAAUACCAGAGUCUCUCAGCGAAAACACUGUGAAAUGACCAACAGAUGUGACCACAGUGUGAUUUUAUUUACCUCAUUGAUAGGGUAUUGAUUUACCCACGACUGUUUACCACAAUGCCUGCAAUCCGAAGCCUGACGAUGACCAUCGACGCUCUGAACGAGUACGAGACGUUUUCGGAGCGAGAUACAAUCACAGGAAAAGUAACGCUGGUCUUGAUAAAGGAGACCACAGUUGAGACUUUGUUCAUUAAAGCCAAAGGGGACGCUGAGGUGCGUUGGACAAAAAAGCAUGGCGAUCGGACUCAUACAUACUCUGCACACAAGCGAUAUUUCAAACUGAAGGACUUUUUAAUUCCAGAGCAACCAAAGGGUAGGCGGUCCAUGUCUUGUUAGCCAUGCAUGCCUUAACCUCUUUACGUGAAACUAACACAGUGUGUGCCCUUUUUCCCCUGUGUGGAUUAUGCUGGGAUUUGGUCAGAAAUGUCACAAGACUAGUAGGGAAGAGUGGGGUUAGAUGAGUCAUUUUUCAUAUCACUACAUCAAGGAAAUCAUAUUUUUUUCUGUAACUAGUGUAUCUGCAUAUAUUUUACGAUGUUGUUCAUCCCUGCAAACUAACAGAAUAAGUGUAAACAUAACUGCCUUGAUAAUAUAGCAUGCCAAAAAAGUGGUAUAAUAUGGUCAACUUACCAGUCUACUACCCCCCACUCUCCACCCCAGCCCCCCCUCACCUUCUCUCUCCCUAAAUAACAGUCACUUCUUCACAUUCAUGUGUAUUUUUUAUCUAUAAUACACUAUUCAGCUGAUACAAUUACUCUUUUUAUUGUUAUUAUUGCAUGUUACUGCUAAAAAGCUGAUUUGUAAAAAGCCAUUCUAACAUGAGAAUAUCUUUAAGUGAUUCAGAACAUUCACAGCUGUAGUUUUGAAAAGAAAAAGUAAAACAUUUCAACAAUCUGAACUGAAACUCUGAUCCUCUCAUCAGACUUCUUUACUUUCUCACUUGAGCCGCUGGCUAAACUUACCCCUGUACUACUUUAUUAGUCCUCUAAGCUUAAAUGGUGGACUUUUAUGUUAGCUUUUUGACCUCAUGUUGUAGCUCAUAGAUACCACAAUUGAUGAAUAAAACACAUUUAAAAUGAUCUUUUUUGGUCUGAACACAAUUCUGAUAAAACUUAUUACAGACUAAAUUCACUCUCAAGAGUGAAAAAUGUUUUUUUUGGAAAAAAUGUCUAACCCCUUCACCCAUGUGCUUCUAACCUUCACAGACUCCAUGAAUAGUUGCUCAUCUCCUAAAUAUUUGGUCACAUGAUCAAUUUUCUUUUAUCAUUUCCAAGAAACAGGGGGUGGCUCAACUUACCCUUUGGCUCAACUUACCCCACUCUCCCCUAUAUAAUCUUUAUAUAGUGUGUGAAAGCAUUCUUGACUGAAACAACAGUGCUAGCCCCCAAAACAAGAAGUUAAAUCCCUCAUGACUGAUUGUGCAAAGUUGCUUCGUCUUUUCUUAAAACAAGUGUUUUUUUUCUUUUUCUUUCUGUCUGCUCUGGGAUAGGUGCUUUUUCCAUCAAUGCACGACUAAUUUAGACAAGCAGUCUUAUAGUAAACACAAGGUUAUUAAAGUUAACACUAACAUUGUUUUUCCUUCCAGAUACUGUCCUUCUUUCGGGAACCCAUGUCUAUAAAUUCAACUUUCACAUACCGCCAGGGUAAGUUCACAAACACAUCGAAUAUUAACACUCUCACAAAGAAUUUGGUGAAAAAUUACCAAUCUGCUCUUGCCCCAACUAAAAACGGAUGUUAUUACAAUUCAGAUAUCGAGAUGUAUGAAAGCCAGAAAUAAAAACUAUUGUAUUUUUCUUCUAUUUAGGAGCUUUCCAUCGUCAUUCUGGGGGACUCAUGGGAAGAUUGUCUACAAGCUGGAGGUCAAUUUGUCCAGGAGUUGGAGGAUGGACCGCACAGUUGAAAAAGAGAUCCGCUUUGUGUCCAAGUCCUUUCCAAACCCUCAGUCUCUGAUGGUGUGUAUAACAUCGAUUUAUUUCAAGUUGUAUGACAGAUACCAGGGCCCUUGUGUUGUUGCAGAGUGUCUGCAGUCCUUUUCUUGGAUGCAGCAACAAGAAUUAUCAAAGCAGGAAAAUCUGAGCAAUACUCUCUUGACACAAACCACAUUUUAGUGGCUCUUUUUAGCCACACAAUGGUUUUGCUGUGAUUAGCCGGGGAGAAGAUAUAUUGCUCUGCAUCCUGUCUAUUGAGGAGAUAGGAUUGAGGACAAGAUAGGAUGGAAAUGAGAGUAUGUCUUAGCGGAAGACAUGUUUCAAAUUUAUUUUAGGGACAAGGUUGGCUGGAAUUAUCAAUGAUAACAGCUGGAUUUCCUUUGGGUGUCAACUUCUUGAAAAAACAUGAGGAACUUGUGCUGUGAUGAAGAAACCAACUCACUCUUACAUCCUACCAGUAAAUUACAUAACCUGCCAGGGUGUAGCGAGGCGCACACAGACUAAGUUCUUAUCUUUUUCUUGUUGGCUGAAACAGAGUCCAAGAAACAGUCCAAGCUAAUCACAGCUUGUUAUUAUACAUGUUGAUGGUGCAUGUGUUAUUGACCUACAAACGAAACACCAAAAUAGAUGUGCAUGUUGCCCCUCCUACAGUUCAAAGGGAUCAUCCAUCCAUCCAUCCAUCCAUCGUUUAUCUAUAUUUAUUGUCUACAUUCCUAUUCAGGGUUGCAGGGCCUGGAGCCAAUCAGGAUAUACCCUGGUCAGGUUGCCAGCCUGUUAUAGGGCGAACAUAUAGACAGAUAUCUGGAGAGCCUAGUGCUCCUACCAGUAUCAUACAACAGCUUCAGUUGAAUGAUACUGCGUCACUUGAAAUGAUCAUUUAUGCUAAUUUGUUGGCAAUAAAAAAAUUCAAUAAAAUGAAAAACAUGAGGGGAACCCUUCAGACUACUCUCACACAAAUGUUACACAACAUGCAGUUGUAUUAGAAUAUGUAUUUUUGCAGACUAUCCUUCUGCAAUAGAGAAAGCACCCUACACUUGCAUACUGUACCACUGCCAACUGAAACAUAGAUAAGACCCCACUCUAAAUUUUACUUAAUUAUAGGAAGUUCUGGUCUUAAGGAGAUGAGUUUAUCUGUCACACUUACAUCCUGCACAGCUUUCUUAUAAUAAUGGUGUUGAAUCUUGAGUAAUUCUUUCUGCAUUUAUUCAAUUUCAGCUGCAGCAAGUGGGUUCAACAAAAAAAGAGAUGGGGCUUUUCUCAAAAGGAAGUGUGCACAUGGAGGCCACGGUUGACAAGAAGGCUUAUGCUCCAGGUAGGAAGACCUAUCGUCAUGCAUGGCAGGUUUAAGUAGACAAGAAAUAGGCCUAGUUUGAUCAGAAUUAUUGUAACGUUUUGAGAGUUCUGCAUCCUUAAGUAUACUGCAUUUUUGCUUGAAAAUAAAUGACGAUUAAUCUAAGGUGUUUUGUUGUUUUCUUCAUAGGUGAAACAAUAAUAGCUGUUGCAAAAAUCAACAACACCUCAUCAAGUGAGAUGACACCCAAAUUCAGUUUAAUUCAAGAUGUUGUGUAUCGUGCCAGUGGAAGUACCAAACAUGAAAGCAGCGUUAUUCUGAAAAUGCAUGACAGCUCUGUUAAAGCCCAAACCCAGAAGCAGGUGAAGUGCGCCAUGAAGCUUCCACCAGAAAUGACGCAGACGAUCCAGAACUGUGAAAUCAUAUCAGUGGAAUACCGCCUGAAGGUAUGCAAAGAUUUUACGUUCUCUUCAUCCAAAAUCCUGAUCAGCUCAGUCUGAUGGCAGAGCAUUUUGUCUGAGUUGAUAUGUACAUUGAAAGAGAUUGUACAAAUGUGUCUGUCUGAAAUGUUCUUAAGCUGUUCUUAAGAUCUUGCUAAUAAGGCGGUCAUAUUUUUACAGGUGUACCUCGACAUCAGUUUUGCUUUUGACCCAGAGAUCGUGUUCCCUGUGGUCAUAUGUCCUUCAAGCUUAGCGUCUGUAUUUCAUCCUGGUGUUGCUGCACAGACCUCUCCAGCGGGGGCUGUUGGGGGUCCAAGCAACAGCGACUUCCCUCCCCAGGCAGUGCCUAUGGGUCCUUACCCUCCAUCUCCAAGAUCAGGUGGUUAUGGAUACCCAGGAGCCGCAUGGUAUUCACCAUCACCUGUGUCCCCAAACUACCCUCCAACAAGUGCGUACCCUGAUCAACCAGCUUACAUGAGUGGGGGCUACAAUAACCUGCAGCCACGGCAGGGUUCUCCUUAUGGAUCUCCAUUUUCAUCAGCAUCAUCGUCAACACUUCACCCUCCACCGUCUGCUCCAGCGUUUUCUCUAACUCCUAGUGCUCCGGAGCUCCAACCCCCUGCCCCAAUUGCCCCAAAUGCCCCAUCCCCUACCCCAAAUUUUAACGUAUCCCCAACAGCUCCUGCAUACAACUCGCUGCCUUCUGCGCUGAUGAUGAACACAGACUUUCUGUCCCAGUCUGAUGAGGCUCCUCCAGCAUAUUCAGUCCUUUUUCCGUCUUCUGUUAAUGAACAAUCAGAUGGACAAUAAUCUGAUUUAUCCCAAAUUACUACAUUUGGUUUGAUUAUCAUUAAGUUAAAUCCUUUAAGGUAGCCAAGGCCAAUCAGGAAAAAUUAUAAGCUUCGGUACACAAAACCAAAACAUGGCUUAAGAUUUGUCAAAGUAAUCAGACUAAACUUUUUGGACACAGUGUUUAUCAGAGACUUAAUACUACAUCCAUUUUACAUUUACUCACAACCCUAACUACUAAUGCAAGAUAUAUAACCACAUUUAUAAAAGGAACACUGCGUAAACUGUUUGUGAAUCAAUUUAACCUUGUAUUAAAUUAAAGGUGCUGCAAAGAAAACAUCAAAUGUUGAAGCUGAAAAAUUAAAUUAAUUCUUCUGUCAGGAAUGAAAAUGUUGGGAUAGUGACACCUGACACCAAAACUCUGAAAAAGCUUUGUAAUGCAAAAAAAAAGAAAAAACAAAACCCUGCUGGAACAGCUCCCAACUAAUUCAGAUUGUAGCAUAAAGUAAAGUAAGGACCAUUCUAGAAAAGAGAGUGUAGAACAUGUGUCGGUACAAUUGCAAAUGAUUUCAUGAUUUCGUCAUCUUAAGUAGAUAAUGAAAUCAAAUCCUGAAAUCAGGAGAAAUCUGUGUACAUACGUUUGGAAACCAACUAACAAGACCCGGACAAGCUUAAAAAACGAUCCGUCAAAUCUAAAAACUGAUUAUUCUACAAUGCACAGGGAGCCAGUGGAGGGAAGCAAGGGUAGGGCUAAAGCGAUGUCUUCUGUUAAAACCUAGAAGCCUAGCUGCUAAAUUUUGAACCAGUUGGAGGCAAGAGAGAGAUUUAUGAGUGAUACCAGAAAGGAGGGAGUGAGAGUAAUCUAUCUAACUGAGAGAAGAUGAGUGCAUGAAUAACUUGUUCCAGGUUUGCUUGUGAUAGAACUGAUUUAAUUUUAGAGAUGAUCUUAACUGAACGAAACACGACUGGACGGUUUUCAUAAUGCACUGGUCAAAGGUUAAUUCUGUGAUAUUUGAAGAUAAUGAACUGAGAGAGCUCUCAAUCUGAGCAAUGUGCGAGGUGGGAUAAUUGAAGAGCAUGAUUUCUUAUUUAGAGUCUUUGAGCUGUAGAAAACUUGAGGGAAUUCAACAUUUGGUUUCUUCCUGACAGUCACAGACAGCAGCGAGGCUUCUUUGAUCAUUGGGUCUCAGUGGCAGUACCUGUGAUGACUUCUGACUGAGAAAAGAAUAAUACCAUAUUUUUCAUAAAUUCACAACAUUUUCAGUUUCAAAAUUUUAAAUGUCGUCUUUGCAGUUUUUCCAAUCAAAUACAAAGUUUGAUUGAUUUCGAAGCUAUCCAAAUUUGUUUAUCAAUUUACGCAGUACUCCAACCUUCCAUGGUUGUAAAAUUGUAUCCAAUGGCAACCUGGAAAGUUACUGAUAUGGUCUUUCAAUUUCAAAUGUGAAAUUGUGUCUUUGGUACUAAACUAAUGUUUUUAAAGUUGAUGUGUGACUUUAAAAUGAAAUUCUAAUAUCUGCAGUAUUUAUAGAUAGCAUAUGAAUAGUUAUUUUCAAUCACAGGUAUUUCACGUCGCAUGUCACAGUCACCUUUUUGGUCAUCUCAAGUUUACUGUAGGAUUAAUCCAACAAGUGUCGUAUUUGUUCAAACUCCUGUCAUCAAUAUGCAGAUUUUGCCAUGUGCCUUGUCCAACUGAAGUGUCCUAGGCUGGCAUUUUAUACAGUGUAAUCCCAACUGUUCUACCUCACUCUUUGUGAGGCUGACUGAUGUGUCAUGUACUGUAGCUUACAUACAUAUGGCUCAUUACGGGUAACGUAGCUUAAAAAGUUUAACCUGUAUUUUUGGUAUAAGGAUUUGAAAUAUUUAAAUAUUUUCUAUCAUUUCAAGUUUGCUGAGCUUUUAUCAACAGUACUCAAGAAUUGUCAGUUUUGCUUUUGUGUUGAAGAUUGUAGGUAAAAAUAAAGAC